UUUCCUUCGUUCUGUCGCCUAGCCAAACCGACAGUUUUAACUCUAUCGGGCCGGAUCUGUUCGACUAAUGGGCCUUGUGAGAGGAUUCAAUCCAGUCCGAACUUUAAUAAGAACGUAACACUCUUAAACUAAACCCUGCCGUGACUCGCCUGUACUUGUUAGUUGCGCCUCAUUCUCUUCCGUCUCUCCUCUCGAUUCCCUGGUGAAGCAUGGAGCUUUCCGAUCCAAGGAACGACAAAACCAACAAACCGAAGCAGCCUCCAAAGCGAUUCAUAAAGAACCAAAUCCCAGACUCGAUCCUCAACGACGCAUCCCUCAACGCGGCGGUCUCCCUUCUCCCUUCCAUCUACCAGUUCGAGGUCCACAAAUGCGUCUGGCGCAUCAAAUCCACAAACGCCAAACGCAUCGCUAUCCAGCUCCCGGAGGGUCUUCUCAUGUACGCUCUUACUCUCUCCGACAUCUUCACUUCCUUCGCUGGAGCCUCCCACUGCUUCGUCCUCGGCGACGUCACUUACGGAGCUUGCUGUGUCGACGACUUCUCCGCCUCUGCUCUUGGUGCUGACUUGCUUAUUCACUACGGGCAUAGUUGCCUCGUCCCUAUUGACUCUACCAAGAUCCCUUGCCUUUAUGUCUUUGUUGAGAUACAGAUUGAUGUCAAGUGCUUGCUGAGCACCAUCCAUCUUAAUCUCUCUAGUGAUGAUGUUAAGAGCAUCAUUCUCGCCGGGACCAUUCAGUUUACUUCUGCGAUUAGAGCUGUGAAACCGGAGUUGGAGAAGCAAGGUUUCAGUGUUUUGAUCCCUCAGUCAAAGCCUCUGUCGGCUGGGGAAGUCCUUGGAUGCACAGCGCCUAAGGUCACGAGGGUUGAUGAUCAUAAAGACGCUGUCUUGGUGUUCGUAGCCGACGGGAGGUUUCAUCUAGAAGCGUUUAUGAUAGCUAAUCCCAAGAUAAAGGCGUUUAGGUAUGAUCCGUAUCUUGGGAAGCUGUUUUUGGAGGAGUAUGAUCACAAGGGGAUGAGGGAGACCAGGAGGAGAGCGAUCACACGGGCCAAGGAUGCGAAGACUUGGGGGAUCGUGUUGGGGACGUUGGGAAGGCAAGGGAACCCCAAGAUUCUCGAGAGGUUGGAGAAGAAGAUGGAGGAGAAAGGGAUUGAUAGCACCGUUGUUUUGAUGUCUGAACUUAGUCCCACGAGAGUGGCCUUGUUUGAAGACUCUGUGGAUGCUUGGGUGCAGAUAGCGUGUCCGAGGCUUUCUAUUGAUUGGGGUGAGGCCUUUCUUAAGCCGCUUCUGACGACUUUCGAGGCUGAGAUUGCUUUAGGGUUUAUCCCUGGGUGGUGGGAGAAGGGUUCUUUGAGCAGAGCUGAGUCUUCUUCGUCUGGCUGCUGCAAAGAGGACAAAGAAACAAGCUGUGCCUGUAGAGAUGAUAAGAAAGAUGAUGAUGGGGUGCUUGAUGGAGACUAUCCGAUGGAUUACUAUGCACAGGAAGGUGGUGAGUGGAACUCAUCAUAUCUCAAGAAGUCAUCACGUCCCAUUCGAAGAAACCCUUUACCUUCUUCUUCUGUAGUUUAGAGUGCUGUUGGUAGAUUCUCAGCACACAAGUCAAAAUGCAAAUGGGCUCUGUUGAUGUUCAUUGUGCCAUCAAGAUUCUACGGACGAGUUAUUAUUAGUGAGUGAAACAAGCUUGUUGGCUGGUUAUGAGACUGACAACAUGAAGAGCAUACAAGGGGUGAGGAUUAAGAGAAAGCUACAACACUCCUUUACUGAGAUCUUGUCUUUUCAAAUUUUGGGUUAUGGAUUGCCGACAAAAUGGUUACUGAAGUGAAACUAUACGUCUUGUCUGUAGUAAAAACUGAUGAUCUUUGUUUUUCAAAUUUUAUCCGGUUUUGUUUUUGGUUGUGAAA